AAACAUGACAAACAAAAUUUAAAAACAAAUAAGAAUUUGCCAAUAAAAAAAGCCGACAAACAUAAACACAAAACGAAUCACUAAAUAAAUAUUUAAUUAGGCGAAAAAGGCAACAAAAUAAUACACAACACAGCAGUAAUAAACAAAAAUAUGCAGUAGUAAGGGCAGUGGCAGUAGUAGACCGCAAAAAAACGAAAUAAAAACAAAUGAAAAAUUAACGUUUGCGCAGCUGAGGAGACACAUAAAAAAAGACAAGUGAAACUAAAAGAAACCUGCUAAUUAAAAAUAAGACCAGGAGGUGCAAAAGCGAAAUUUUGCUACAAAAAAAUUAAAUUAAUUUCUUAAAAAAUGAAGACUUUGGAAGAAAUUAAACAAGAAUAUCCGUUGCACUGGCAUAUCUGGCAAAAUAAUGUCGACGAACUGGGGGAGUUGCUAAAAAAUGAAAAAAUUGAUAAGGAAAAAAUCGAUCCCCGUGGCCGUACACCUUUAAUGUUAGCGGUGAAAUUAGCACAUUUACAAUGUGUCAAAUAUCUUUUAGCUGCCAAAUGUAGUGCCACCUAUGAGCAUGAGGGUUGGUCAAUUGUCCAGGAAGCUGUUUGUUCGAGUAAUGAGGAAAUUUUAACUGCCAUACUGGAAGUACGAGAUUUACAACGUCAUGUCCAAAGAGUUACACAUGUCCCAAAGUUAUUGCAACAUUUAUUGGAUGCUCCGGAUUUUUACAUAGAAAUGAAAUGGGAAUUCACCUCUUGGGUUCCCCUAAUGUCACGCCUUUGUCCAAGUGAUACAUACAGAGUGUACAAGCGCGGAGCUAAUGUACGAAUAGAUACCACACUGUUGGGUUUUGAAAAUAACACCUGGCAACGAGGGAAUCGUUCAUAUAUAUUCAAAGGAUUAAAGGACAGUGCUACAAUGAUUGAAAUCGAUCAUGACACCCAUGAGGUAAUGAUUGAACAAAUGAGCUCUGAUAUUGGUGAUAUAGUUGCAAUACCACCGCCCAUAGGAUCGGUGAGAGCGCGCCUAAAUGCCCCCGUCAUCACAAAUAAUAUUGAAAUGGAAAAAAUCAGUUUUGAACGCAACAAAUCGGGCAUUUGGGGUUGGCGUAGUGAAAAAUCCGAAAUAAUUAAUGGCUACAAUUGCAAAGUGUACGGAGCUAGUAAUGUGGAGUUUGUAACAAAAACCAGAAUGGAUCAUUUAUCAGAAGAACAAAUAAAGGUGGUGGCUAAAACGUCAAGAACACCAUUCCAUAGCUUUUUGGGCUUAGCAGAAGAUGAGUAUAUAGCCAGUCCAGAUUUAGCAUCGCUGAGAGAAAAAGCACCCACACCUCAUACUGAGGAACAUAAUACAGAUGAUGGCGAAGAAGUGGCCGCCUCUAAUAGCAAUAGUCCUAAUAAUUCCGGUUCAAAUUCUCCUAAAAAUGUUAUAACACCCCAGGAGUAUUUUACACCCGAUGUAGAUUUAAAUGGUCGUGAUAUAGGGCGACCCAAAAAAGUUAACACUAAGCUUCAACGUUUCAAAGCAAAUCUAUGGCUUUGUGAAGAUUAUCCCAUGCGUCUCCAAGAACAAGUACUUCCCAUUUUAGAUCUUAUGUCCACUAUGGCCAGUCCACAUGUGUCCAAAUUAAAAGACUUUAUUACAAUGCAACUGCCUUCCGGUUUUCCAGUUAAAGUAGAAAUACCAUUAUUCCAUGUGCUAAAUGCGUGCAUUACCUUUGGUAAUGUAUUCGCCAUGACAAUGCCAAUUGAAAAUGUAACAACGAUAAAUGAAGAUGAUCGCAUAACAUGCAUAGUGGAUGAUCGUUGUUUCGAUAUACCCACACAUUACACGAAUAAGGGUACUGAUUCCAGACGGCAAAUGCCUUUAGAUGAGGAUGAUAUGCUGCAAUAUGCUAUAGAACAGAGUUUGGUGGAAUCUUCUGGUGGUGCCUGUGGCUUAAAUCUUGAUGGCACUUCUACGGAUAAGGUUGAUAUAUGGGAGGCCUUAAGAGGUCAAGGUGUGGGUGCCGAUGAUGAAGAAGAUGAACAAUUGCAGAGAGUUUUACAAGAAUCUUUAUGUGCUGUCAAUACAACGGGUGGCUCACCCGUUUCCGAAGAUGAUGAUGACGACGGUGGCUUUAAAUUUAUAGAUCCGGAUUUAGCGUUGGCUUUGCGUCUCAGCCAACAGGAUCAGCAGCAAUAUGAAUUGGAACGUCAACGUGAACAGGAGAUGAUAGAACAAGCUUUAAAAUUAAGUUUACAAGAACAUUAGAAAUAAGUUUAUACAUUUAUUUUCAUUUGUUUUUGUAUAUUUUACGUUUAUUCCUUUAAAUUAUUUUUUUGUUUCCUUUUGAGUUUUAGAACUCAACUAAAAGGUUGUGUUUACUUUUUUGUAGUUUUGUUUGUAAUUUUGUUAAAUAAUCCGCUCUAAAAUCUUGGAUUUAAGGCAAUAUUAUAUAUAUUAUUUUAUAUAUGUAGCUUUGUAUACAACAUACCUUUAGUUUUUGAUUUCGAUUUUAUUAUUUAAAUGCCUUCGUAUGAUGUUGUGGUUUCUUUCCUUUUUUUAUGCCAAAUUUAUGUUAAAUAAAUGUUAUUUUUAUUUAUACAUAUUUACAUGUAGGUAAUGUAUGUAGAGAAAAGAGAUCAGAUCAAGAGUCAUCUUAAGAAUCAACAAUUAAUUAUUAUAUACACUUAAUAUUAUUUUUACUUUGUAUACUUAAUGAAAUAAUAUACAUAUGUAUUUAUAUACACAUACAAAAUAUACAUUUAAGUACACAUUAUAUACACCAAUGCAUACAACAAAAACACACACACACCAUACACUUCUUAUAUAUAUAUAUAAAUUACAAUACAUUAAAAAAACAACUAUUAUAUUUUAAUUUGUUAUAUUAUUAUAAUAAAAGUAAUAAAUGAAAAAAAGAAUAAAUAAAAACAACAAACUUAAAAUCAGAAAUAAAUCUUUAAAACAUCAUUUGAAAAAUAACUAAUAAAA